AUCCAUUCACGAGGAAGGUAGAACCGGGCGUUAACGCUUACGAAAUCAUUCUGAAUCGAGACAUUCAUCAAGCAUAGACAUUCGUUCACCAAACUUCAGCGUGCUUAUAGAAGGUAGAACAACUAAACUCAUCACUACCAUGAAGACCUUUAUCACUUUGUUCGUUCUUGCAGCCUGUGUAGCUCCCCUGUACGCACUGGAUUGCUACUCUUGUGGUUACGUUACCGGAGGUGGAGCUGACUGUUUAGAUACAUUUGAUACCUCUACGUUGAACUCUAGCAGUGAUGUUACAACGGCUACUUGCUCCGGACAAUGCUCGAAAACCACCGUAACUGUCAACAGCGCAGUGACCGCCCAGGCCCGAGCCUGUGUAGCUAGCUGUACCGGUGGGUGUAUCUCGCUCUUUGGGAUCAGGACGUGCACAAACUGCUGCAGUACAGAUUACUGCAACAGCGCCACCAACGUUCAAAUGAGCAUCAUUGCCAUGAUGGCCGCUCUUCUCCUUGCCCUUGGAAUUUCACGAUGAGGGGAUGACAUCAGAUUAUGGGGGGGGGGGUGUAGUUUUUAACAUAAAAGUUUAAAUGCACAGAGUCAGUCCAAACACUUCAGAUACAGAUUACUGCAACAACGCCACCAACGUUCAAAUGAGCAUCAUUGCCAUGAUGGCCGCUCUUCUCGCCCUUGAAGUCAAAUGCACAAUGGUAGUCCAUACUCUUCAUGUUGGCCUUUAUAUUUCUCCGUGUCAUUCCCGCCUUGGUAUUUAAUAGAGCUGAAGGCGGAGACUUCAGAUCGAUGGAAACCUCCCUUAUUACAGAGUUUGAUCACUGCAAUGCCAGGCAAGCACAGAGAAUAAAUAGCGCCACAAUGUGCUCAGCUGCAACCACUGUUGGUCAAACUCAUGUAGGUGGGGGCUUUUUGGAUAGAAGACGAUCGACAGCAAAAUAAUAAUUUGAGUACACUUUAUUUUAGAUUAGAGGUCUAGAAAACACACUUCAUUUUGUGGGCAUAAUAUUUCUUAAUGCGAAUAUUCGAGUCGUGUAUAUAAUUUAUACCAUUUUUAUUGGACAGUGUAUUUUCAUGGGAAUAUGAGUUUUAUAUUCAUUGUAAAUAUUCAUCGAUUUUCUAUCAUUUGUUUUAACGGAAUUAACACUCCGCUUUUUAUUGCAAUAAAAUACAU